AUUAUCCAUUCAUGAAGUUGUCAUUGUUGCUCAUUUCAAUAUUGGGCUAUCUUUUUUCUUCAACCAUGGCUUUCUAUACUUGCUUUUGCCAUUUUAAGGUUGCUUAUCCCUUCUUCUCUUCUUUUCUCUAUUUCAUCCUCUUAAUAACAUUGGCAACCUCUUCUUCAUUCUUAUCAGAUGACAUAUUUGAGUUUGGUACUUUCACUGGACGUGCUCUCUUACAAGCUAAGAAAGCUUGUGGAGUUGAUUUUCAGAACCAGAACUACUCAAUUAUGAUAAGCCAAUGUAAAGGUCCAAGAUACCCUCCAAAAGCUUGCUGUGAUGCAUUCAAACAAUUUGCUUGUCCAUUUUCUGAUGAGAUCAAUGAUUUGACAACUGAUUGUGCUACAAUUAUGUUUACUUACAUAAUUGCCUAUGGAAAUUAUCCACCUGGAUUAUUUGCUCAUGAGUGCAGAGAAGGGCAAAAGGGUCUUGAUUGCAGCCUAGUAAAAUUAGACAAUAAUUCUAAUAUUUCUAGUAGUGGUGUUCAUGUGGUUGCUCCUCACUCUAUGUUGUUGAUUUCAAUUAUUGGUUUUUUGGGAUUUACUUUCUAAACAUGUGAGAGUGAGAUGCAUCUUUCAUCUAUGAAGAUGGAGAAUUUUAUUUUCAGAAUAAUAAAAAAAAAAAUUAUUAAUUAUUAA